AUGAUUCUACGGCGAUUAAUCCUGGCGCUGCAAGCCCUAGCAAUGCGAACAGCCAAGUCACCAGACUUUUCUUUCAUCUCGCUGCUUCGCAGCAAGCGCCUGUCGUUCUAUGUCGCCCUCUCCAGCAUUAGCGGCUUCCUCAUCCUUUCCUUCCUCGUCUCUUCACCCACAUACGGUCGCUUACGCUUCCAAUAUGAUUCAUUCAUCUCGCUUUCGGCGGUUAGUAGCAGCAACCCAGCAGCCAUGGCGGCUGGGACGAUGUCGAUCGGAGAGCUCACAGAAGACGGAUACUUCCCGCCAUGUCCGUCCAACUGGACUCACCACAUCCCGUGCUACGAUCCAAACAUCGCCGUCCACUUUCCCUUCGCAGACAACGUUUUCCGCGAGCGACACUGCCCGCCUCCUUCAGCCCGCCCGCGCUGCCUGAUUCCCCCUCCCCCCGGCUACCAGCGCGCGCCCCCCUGGCCGGAUAGCCUAUGGAGCGUGUGGCGGAACAACGUACCGCACUCUAAGAUGCUCAAGGACCCGCGGAACGUCCUGUGGAUGGAGCUACGUGGCAACACAUGGCAUUUCCCGCACGCUUUGACAGCUAUGCCCGAAGCGGACGGCGCGGAGCGGUACGUGGCGCAGCUGCGCAACUUCAUUCCGUUCGGGUCGCGCCUGCGCACGGCUCUCGACAUCGGCGCGGGGGUGGGGGGAUUCGCGGUGGAGCUGCUGCGCCAGGGCAUGAUCACUGUGUCGCUCGGCCCGCGCGACGGGUUCCGCGGGCAGGCGCAGUUUGCGCUCGAGCGCGGGCUGCCCGCGCUGGUGGGCAUCCUGGCGACGAUGCGCCUGCCGUUCCCGUCGCUCGCGUUCGACCUCGUGCACUGCUCGCACUGCCAGGUCCCCUUCGGCCUCCCCAACGGCACGCACCUGUUCGAGGUGGACCGCGUGCUGCGCGCGGGGGGCUUCUUCGUGCUGGCGGGGCCGCCCGUGCGCUGGCCGGGCAGGGCGGCUGAGUGGCGCACGCUGCGCGAUAAGGCGCGCGCGCUGUGCUGGCGGCUGGUGCUGGUGGUGCCGCACGUAGCCAUCUGGCGGAAGAGCAGGGGGGUUGAGGUGGCGGGCGGAAGCGGGGGAAGCGGGGGGGAAAGAAGAUGGUGUCCUGGAGCCAAGGAAUAUAGAGAGGCGGAACAAGAGGGGGGCGGAACGGGGGAGAGGGAGAAGGAGGGAGGCAGUGAAAGGGAGGAGGUAGAGGAUUCGCAGGAGGGAGGGGCAGAGAGAAAGGAGGGAGGGGCGGAGAGAGAGGAGGAAGAGGCAGAGAGGGAGGAAGGAGGUGGGGAGAGGGAGGAAGGAGGGGCGGAGAGGGAGGAGUUAGGGAGUGAUGUAACAGGCGAGGAGGAGGGAGAGGAGAAGCGGGAGGAGGAGGGAGAGGAGAAGCGGGAGGAGGAGGGAGAGGAGAAGCGAGAGGAGGAGGCGGGCGGAGGGGAGGGCGAGAUGGGCGCGGAGGUGUGUGCGGCGGACGACCAGCCCGACGCCGUGUGGUACUCCCCCUUGCAGCCUUGCGCCAUCCGCCCUCCCCCCUCCGCGUGGAGCCUCCCCCCCUGGCCGCAUCGCCUGUGGUUCGCCUCCCCCCGCAUCUACGACUCCCCCCUCAUGCACCCGCCCACAGAUCCGCCGCCCAACGCGGUGGAGGGGGGUGCUGGGGGAAAGGGGGAAGAGAAGGACAAGGGGAAGGUAAGGGAGAGCAGCAGCACUGAGGCCCCUGUUGCUGCUGCUGCUGCUGCUGCCGCUGCGGCUGCUGGUGGUGUUGGUGGGCGGCGACUGCUCAGCUCUGAUGUGCAUGGCGCUGGUGGUGCUGCUCAUGGCGGGGAAGGAGGGGGAGGGGGAGGAGAGGGAGGAGGGGAAGGGGGAGGAGGAGAGGGAGGAGGGGAAGGGGGAGGAGGAGGAGAGGGAGGAGGGGAAGGGGGAGGAGGAGGAGAGGGAGGGGGAAGUGAGGCAGACAGGACUGAGAGAGCAGCGGCAGGGCAGGAGGGGGAGGAGGGCGACAUGCGCAAGGCGCUGAAGGCGGAACAGCAGAAGUCACUCAUGAACGCAGCAACAUCGCAGUACAGCAAGCGGCAGGGCACGGCGCUCGCAGCACUGUCGCCGCGGCAGAAGCGCAUGAACAUGGAGAGCCGGCGCUGGGGCACCCGCCUGGCGCACUACGAGUCGCUGUUCCUGGGCGACCUGCUGGGCUACCAGGGCCGGCGGAAGCACCGCGAGGGCGCUGAGGGGGACGGUGGGGAGGCCAAGGGGGAGAAGAGCGAGGAGAAGGGGAGGAGCAAGGAGGAGAGCAGGCCGGGGAAGGUGCGGAACGUGCUGGACAUGAAUGCGGGGGUGGGGUCGUUUGCGGCGGCGCUGCAGGGGAGGGAGGAGGACGGGGAGGAGCGAGUGUGGGUGAUGAACGUGGUGGCGCUGAGCAGUAGACUCAACACCCUGGCAGCCGUGUUUGACCGCGGGCUCGUGGGCACCCUGCAUGACUGGUGUGAGGCGUUCUCGUCGUACCCACGCGCAUACGACCUCGUGCAUUGGCAAGGCGUCUCCUCCUCCUUCCACCCGGACCGAUGUGAUAUAGAUGACGUGAUUAUAGAGGUGGACCGGCUUUUGAGACCAGGAGGCACAGUGAUUAUAAGAGACCUGCCGGCCGUGCUGGAGGGCGUGCAGAGGGCUGCGAGGGCAGCACACUGGAACGUGACGGCCCACCCACCAGAGAAGGGCAGCAGCAGAGAGCACCUGGUGGUGGCUCGUAAACCGCUGUGGAAGGUGGAUGCACGGGGGAUGAUACCAGGUGCUGAAGCCGUGCCUUCGGUGCGGGCUGGCAGGGAUGCAGGAAGCAUCCAUGGGUGCGGAUGGGCGCUCUCCAUGCUUCCGCCGCUCCUUGAAUCGGCGCGCUAUGAAUCAGCGCAGCGGAGCCCGGCGAGUUCCACUCGCGCAGGAUCAUGCCUCCCUCGCAGAUUCGCGUGCCGACGGAGGGUUCUCAGCAACCAGUCGAAGAUAGCGCUGCGCGCGUCGUGUGACCGCCUGGCAGGCGGAAGAGUUGGUUGGGGUACAGACUAUGCUCGCACCGCCGCGGCAGUACCUCGCUGCCGCUCCGGUAAUCGCGGCGCCGUGGCUCCCCGCGCGGGAUUGGGGGAUGGUGUGGGGAGUGGUGCGGCGGAGACCAGCAGGGGAGGCGGGUCGUAUUUGGACGGCGCGAUACUGUUCUGGCGCGACGCACGGUCCGCCUACUCCGCGGAUGCGCUGGGCGUGGAGAUGGCGGCGAUCGCGCUGCCGGCGCUGCUGGCGCUCGCCGCCGAGCCCGUCGCGUCGCUCGUUGAUACGUUCUACAUCGGGCAGAUGGGCGCGGAGGAGCUGGGGGGGGUGGGGGUGGCGGUGGCGGUGGUGGGCGUGGUGUCCAAGGUGCUCAACGUGCCGCUGCUCAACAUCACCACGUCCUUCGUCGCCAUGGACCAACACCUCCUCAAUCACCCACCGCACCAACACCUCCUCAAUCACCCACCGCACCAACGCCACGUGCAACAUCACCCGCAGCUACAGAGCUCGCCCUCACUAUCAUCCGCCUCCUCUACCUCUGCCGCCUCCCCCCCGCCCGCGUCCAAGCCCGUGGUGCCGUCGGUGUCAGCGGCGCUGCUCAUGGCCGUGGUGCUCGGCGCAUUAGAGGCGCUGCUGCUGGCGGUGGCGGCGGCGCCGCUGCUGGGGGUGAUGGGUGUGGGGCCCUUAUCCCCCAUGCAUGCGCCCGCGCUGCAGUACCUGCAGGUGAGGGCGGCGGGGUCGCCCGCGGUGGUGCUGUUCCUCACGGCGCAGGGCGUCUUCCGCGGUCUCAAGGACACCCGCACGCCCCUCGCUGCCUCCGUGAGCGGCAACGUGGUGAACAUCCUGCUGGACCCGCUGCUCAUCUUCUCCUGCGGGCUGGGCGUGUCCGGCGCUGCAGCGGCCACGGUGGCAGCACAGUACGGCAUGGCGGGGUGGCUGCUGCUGCGACUGAGUGCCACAGUGCACCUCAUCCCGCCCUCGCUCUCCCUCCUCUCCUUCCACCGCUUCUUCACGUCCGGCGGGCUGCUACUGGGGCGAACGGUGGCGCUGUUGGGGGCGAUGGCGGUGGGGACGAGCAUGGCGGCGAGGCAGGGGGCGGUGCCCAUGGCGGCACACCAGCUCGCUCUGCAGCUCUGCCUCGCCGCCUCCCUGCUCUCUGACUCCGUUGCCCUCGCUGCUCAGACCCUAUUGGCAUCAGCCUUUGCACGCAACGACACGGUCAUGGUGCGAGCCAUCAUGCUGCGAUCGCUGCAGAUAGGGCUGGGCAUGGGGGCGGUGAUGGGGGUGGUGCUCUCGCUGUCAGCGCAGCUGCUGCCAGCGCUCUUCACCUCGGAUGACCGUGUGCUGCUGCAGGCGGUCGCCCUCAUGCCGUUCGCAGCGGCGAUGCAGCCCCUGGCGAGCAUGGCGUUUGUGUUUGACGGGCUGCACUACGGCGCCACCGACUUCGCCUUCGCUGCCCUCGCCAUGAUGGCGCUGGCGCCAGCAGCAGCAGCAGUGCUGGUGUAUGCACCGAGCGAGUGGGGCGUGGAGGGUGUGUGGAUCGGCCUCUCUCUCCUCAUGGCUGCCCGCAUGUUUGCCGGCUUCCUCAGUGAGCUCGGAUUGUUCGGGUCGGAGGUAUCUGGGAUGGCGGAGGCGGGAAGUGCCACCGCGCGAUCGCCGGCGGAAGAGGCGGGAGUGGAGUCCGACAUGGCGCGACUCGCGGUGGCGGAUGCGACAGACGGGAAGCCCGCAGGCGGCGGUGCUGACGUGGACGAGUUGGAUGACGUGGAGCAAACAGAGGUGGUUCUGUUCCACCUCAAGGAGUGCUACGUGUACAAGGUGCGCACCGUCACCCAUCCUCCUUCCCGCUUCCGCGCAUUUCUGAUUCGUGCAGUGGCUAUGCGCUCAGGCGAGUCGCGAGCAUGCGGCACCGCAUGGCGUAAUGUCAUCACCUUCAUUCUCCUUUCCCCUGUCCCGUCUCCCCUCCCUGCCCUCCCGUCCCCUUCCCUCGCGCUCCCCGCGGGUGCUGAUCCCCCAUUGCCACGAGGCGGCACCAGAUUCCCCCACGCAAGACAGCAGCGUCGUACAGGUGCGCGCACCCUCCCUCACUCCCCUCCCUCCCCUCACUCCCACUCCCCGCACCCUCCUCGUUCCCCUCACUCCCAGGCGGACGAGUGGGACAUAAACAGGUGGGCGUGGGAGGGCGCCAUCAGCGUGGUGUCACGAGGCGACCACUGCAGCAUCCGCCUGCUGGACGCCGCCUCAGGGGACCUCUUCGCGCACGCGCCCGUGCGGCCCAACCACCCGCUGCCCCUGGAGGCCGUCAUCGACAGCAGCCGCUUCUUCGUGCUGCGCAUCGAAGACUCCUCCCCGCCCCCUCCCUCUACUGCCUCUGCAGCCUCUGCCUCCUCUGCUUCCUCUAGCAAGGCUGGGAAGCCCGCUGCGGCGGCGGCACCGGUGGUGAGGCAUGCGUUCAUAGGGUUGGGGUUCCGGGAGCGCACGGCGGCGUAUGACUUCCAGGCGGCGGUGUACGACCAUGUCAAGUACGUGCACAAGCAGCAGGAGGCGCGCCGCAUGGGACAGGCGUUUGAGUCGCGGCCUGCUGCGGACUACCGCCUCAAGGAGGGGCAGAAGCUGCACCUCGACAUCAAAACGCCGGCACGGGCGAAGCCAAGCACAGCAGGGCUGCCGCUGUCGCCCACCACGCCGGGCAACGUGGCCUUCAAGUCGCCCUCCCUCACAGGCCCUGCCCCUGACGCCUCUGCUCCCAUGCGCCAAGCCUCAGGGGACCAUGCCGCUGCUGACUCCUCCCCACCGCAUGCAACCGCAGCUGCUACCACCGCAGGCGCCUCCCCCCCCAUCCUCCCUCCCCCUCCCCCGGCGCGCCUCUCCUCGCCUCCUUCCGCGUCGCCCUCCUCCCCUCCCUCCACGUCCUUCUCUGUGCGCUCCUUCCCCCCAGCAGCCCCCUCGCCCUCCAUCGCAUGGGCGUUCCAAUCCGACGACCCGCCUGCCUCUGUCACCUCCGCGCCCCAGUCCGUCAUGCCUGCAACCUCUGGAGGCAGUGAGGGCGCUGGCAGUGCAGCAGCAGCGGGGGAGGACACAGAUGACUUUGGGGAGUUCGUUGCUGCGUGA